AUGGGUUCCCUCGCCACAACCCCCCCCUUCCAAGUCCUCGAUGACACCCGGCCAGACGACAAGUCGCUGCCGGCCUUUAUGGUGUCGACGACGCGCGGCUUCCUGCCCCGGAUGGACCCCGUCGUCUCGCUGCCGGCCGAGUUUGACGCCCUCGAGUCCAUCCUGCAGCGCAUGCCGGUCAAGACGGCCUCGGGCGAGCCGGGCCUGCUCGCCCUCGGCAAGCUCGGCGACGAGGUCGACGGCUCGUUCCCGGACCUGACGGCCGCCAUGGACAGGUACGAGGACGACCUGCCCGUCAUGAAUGCGCUGUACCGCGACUACUCCUUCCUCGCGUCUGCGUAUCUUCUUGAGCCGUGCCAUGAGCGCUUCGUCAGGGGCGAGGGAUAUGGCUUGGGCAGGCAGAGGUUGCCCCGGAACAUUUCGCAGCCCAUUGCGCGCUGUGCCGAGAUCUGCGGCUUCAAGCCCUUCAUGGAGUACGCCGGGUCGUACGCCCUCUUCAACUACCGGCUGGUGGACCCGGCGGCCGGGCUUGAGUACUCCAACCUGCGGCUGAUCCGGGCCUUUGAGCACGGCCUGGACCCGGAGUCGUCCGAGGCGGGCUUCGUGCUGGUGCACAUCGACAUGGUCAAGAACUCGGGCCCGCUGGUGGCCGGCACCAUGCAGUGCCUGGAGGUGGCGUCGCGGGCGAGCUCGGGGUUGGGCAGCGUCGAGGAGCGGACGGCGCUCAACCAGGGCCUGAGGCGCAUCCUCGACGCCAUGACGAGCAUCAACGGCGUCAUGGAGACCAUGUGGGGGAAGUCGCGGCCGACCGAGUACACGAGCUUCCGCACCUUCAUCUUCGGCAUCACGUCGCAGUCCAUGUUCCCGGACGGCGUCGUCUACGAGGGGCUCAACGACGACCAGCCGCUGUCGUUCCGGGGCGAGAGCGGCGCCAACGACUCCAUGGUGCCGCUCAUGGACAACCUGCUGCAGGUGCCGAUGCCGAGCACGCCGCUGACGGAGAUCCUCAAGGACUUCCGCCAGUACCGGCCCAGCAACCACAAGGCCUUCCUGCAGCACGUGCGCGACCGGUCGAUGGAGGUGGAGCUCCGGGCGUUUACGCUGGGGCUCAAGCAGGACGGCCAAGAAGGGUCGGGCGACGAGGAGAAGCGCGAGCUGCUGCGCCAGUCGCGCGGCCUGUGGCUGCAGAUCCUCAACCAGGUGCGCGACUUCCGCUGGCGGCACUGGUGCUUCGCGCGCGAGUACAUCCUCAAGCGCACGGCGCACCCGACGGCCACGGGCGGCAGCCCCAUCGUCACCUGGCUGCCCAACCAGCUCGAGGCGGUGCUGGCCGACAUGGCCGACAUCAACGACGUCGCGCGCCGCGACGACGCCCGCGGGCUCGGCAGGACGUGCGACGACGUCAUGGAGGCGGCCAUGCGCCAGCGGGAGACGCUGCGCAAGGAGGUGGACAAGUAUUGCGCCGAGCGCGGCGUUGCUCGCGGCUGA